CACCACGGGUCGUCAUUUCCGUCAGUGGCCGGACACUGUAGGAAGCAAUAGGAGAUUUGGCGCGAAUGACAAAUUGGUCCCCCAGAAACCGGCUCCAGUUAAAAUGGCUUCGAGUGAAAACGAGCCAUUUUGUGUGAAAUUUAUCAAGUCUCCUGAAAAUUCUGAAUACUUCUUCAAAGCUUAUGAGGCAAUCAAGCAAAUUCAGUCUGAUGAAUCUCUUCAGCUAACAGAAGAAAGAGAGGCACUUCUCUUAAAAGAAAAAGACAAAUCUCUCUACAUUUGUGAUCCUUUCAGUGGUGCUGCAUUUAGCCAUCUGAAAAAGCUUGGCUGUAGGAUAGUUGGCCCACAAGUUGUCAUCUUUUGCAUGGAGAAUCAAAGACGCGUUCCUCGUGCUGAAUACCCUGUCUACAAUAUGGCAAUGGCUGAUGUGACAAUAUCUUGCACCAGCCUCGAUAAAGAAACUAGGGAAGAUGUGCAUCAUUAUGUACAAAUCAUGGGAGGCUGUGUGUACAGGGAUCUUAAUGUUUCUGUCACACACCUAAUUGCUGGUGAAGUGGGCAGUAAAAAAUACCUGGUGGCUGCAAGUCUGGAGAAGCCCAUUCUUCUUCCUUCUUGGGUGAAAGAAUUAUGGGAAAAAUCAAAUCAGAGGAUUAUUCGAUACAGUGAUGUAAACAUGACAGAAUAUUUGUGCCCCAUAUUUCGUGGUUGUACUAUAUGUGUAACUGGAUUAAGCAGUUUAGACAGAAAGGAGGUGCAACGUCUUACAGCUCUGCAUGGAGGAGAGUACACAGGGCAGCUUAAGAUGAAUGAAUCAACACAUCUUAUUGUCCAAGAGGCUAAAGGCCAGAAAUAUGAGUGUGCCAGAAAGUGGAAUGUACACUGUAUCUCGGUUCAAUGGUUCUUCGACAGUAUUGAAAAAGGAUUCUGUCAAGAUGAAACAAUGUAUAAAAUUGAGCCUGCUUCUACCAUAAAAUCUGUGCCAGAUACAUCCACUCCUACAGGUGGCAAUAGCAAACCAAAUAGUCGGGCCCUUUAUGAUGUCAGCCAGAUUUCCAAUAUAAGUACAAGCUGUGUUAACGAAUCUGCUUUUAACUCCGCAAUGGCCAGCAGACUGGAUCCUCCAGCAGAUACCCUUGAAAACUUGGAUAUUAGUUCAUUACAAGCUCCAGAUGACCUACUCGAUGGCUGCCGGAUAUAUCUGUGCGGGUUUGGGGGAAGAAAGUUGGACAAGCUAAGAAAGCUAAUCAACAAUGGAGGGGGUGUGAGGUUUAAUCAGCUUACAGGAGAUGUAACCCACAUUAUUGUUGGAGAAACUGAUGAAGAACUGAAGCAGUUUUUAAACAAAACACAACACAGACCUUAUGUGUUAACUGUAAAAUGGCUGCUGGACAGCUUUGCAAAAGGACAUCUGCAACCUGAGGAAAUAUAUUUUCAUUCAAGCUAUCAACAAACUGAGAUGCCUUCACCAUUUGAGCCUGCCAUUAAUUUAACUGCUAAUAAGAUGAGUAGUACACGAGGGCCUCUGAACCAUACUCGCAACCAUCAGGCAGAUGAGGACCUGCUGUCUCAGUACACAGAAAAUAACUCCACGUUAAUUGAAGAUGAGCAUCCUAAAACCUCUAAUACCAACAGCAUUUCCCAAAUGAGCAUGCAUGAAGACAUGACCACUUGUACGAGCCAAAGUGGUUUGGCCGAUACAUCCACUAUAAUUGAAGGAGGUUUAUUCAGCCGAAAACAAUUUAUGGUGCUGGGCUUUUUGGAAGAAGAUGAGGCAUGCAUUAUAGACAUAAUAAAGAAGAGCGCUGGCAAGGUGCUUUCAUCUCAGAAAAGAGCCAUUGCUGAUUAUGCUGUAGUACCCUUACUGGGUUGUGAAGUGGAAUCUACAGUUGGAGAGGUUGUGACCAACGCUUGGCUGGGCAUGUGUAUAGAACAAGAGAAGCUAUUAGACCCACAUUCAAAUGCUCUUUUUACACCUGUGCCAUUUUUGGAAGGUAGCACACCACUGCGGGAGUGUGUGCUUUCUGUCAGCCAAUUUAUGGGUGCUGAAAGGGAUUCAUUAGUUUACUUGGCCGGUUUGCUUGGAGCAAAAGUACAAGAGUUUUUUGUGCGGAAAGCCAAUCCAAAAAAGGGCAUGUUUGCCAGUACACACUUAGUACUUAAAGAUGCUGAAGGGUCAAAAUACGAAGCAGCCAAAAAGUGGAAUUUGCCAGCAGUGACAAUGAACUGGCUAUUGCAGUGUGCCAGAACUGGCAGAAAAGCAGAUGAAGAUUCUUACCUUGUUGAUAAUGUUCCUGAAGAAGAUAAAGAUGAAAGUUUCAUAAGUCAGACAUACAAACCCCAAGCAAUCAGGCUAUCAAUGCAUGCACCAUGCCAUCUAGAAAAUCACCCGGAAGCCCUGACGAAAGCUGCAGUUACCCCACUUGACAUGAACCGGUUUAAGAGCAAAGCAUUUCAGUCUGUUAUUUCACAGCAUAACAAGAAUCCACAAACAUCUGGUGGGGAAAGCAAAGUUCUUCAGAGAGAACCAUCUUUGCAUCUUGAUACACCAUCAAAAUUUCUGUCCAAGGACAAACUUUUCAAACCCUCCUUUGAUGUUAAGGAUGCUCUUGCAGCUCUGGAAACACCUGGAGGUCCUAACCAAAAAAACAGGACACAGAGCACUCCCUUGUCUGAAGUUAUUGGUAGGAAUCUGCAGCUGGCUAUUGCGAACAGCACGCGUCAGACUGCUGCAGUUACUGCAAGCCCUCAGCUAAAGGCAGCAGAAAAGAAAGAGUUUGACAACUCCAAGCUACUGAUUAAUGUCGUUAUAUGCGUGAGCAAGAAGCUAAUUAAAAAACAAGGUGAACUGAAUGGCAUUGCAGCCUCACUUGGAGCAGAAUACAGAUGGUGCUUCGAUGAAAGUGUGACGCAUUUUAUCUACCACGGACGACAAAAUGACAUGAGCCGAGAAUACAAAUCUGUGAAAGAACGAAGUGGCAUCUACAUCGUUUCUGAACACUGGCUAUUCGCUUGUUCAGAACAGCAGAAGAGAGUACCCGAGGCUCUCUAUCCCCAUACAUAUAAUCCUAAAAUGAGCUUGGAUAUCAGUGCUGUUCAAGAUGGAUCCUACACAGCCAGCAAAUUCUCCGCAGACACCUCUCUUCAGCAGGAUGAGAAUAGUGAAUUACAGCUUCAGCAGAAUAAUAAAUUUGGGGAGACUUCUGAUGAUCAGGUUAAAAAAGCAGCUGGUGAUGGAAACCCUCAAAACCCUUCAAAAGACGUUAAAGGAGCUCUAACUCAGACUUUAGAGAUGAGAGAAAAUUUUCAGCGGCAGCUACAGGAGUUCAUGUCUGCAACUUCAGUGGUAAAGCCUAGGGGCUCUGUGGGUAGAGCUGGCUUUGAUAAUUCCCCUUGUACACCUGAAGGGGCACGUUCUACACGUAAUGGAAGAAGCAGAGUUUUGGAAGCACUAAGACAGUCCAGGCAGGCUAUGACAGACCUCAAUACAGAGCCAUCGCAGAAUGAGCAAAUCAUUUGGGAUGAUCCCACUGCCAGAGAAGAAAGAGCAAAGCUGGUCAGCAAUCUACAGUGGCCCGACAGUCCCUCCCAGUACUCUGAACAGCUUCAGCAUAAUAUGAAUGAUGCUGGAGGAAAUUAUACACCAGCAAAGGAAUCUUUAACAGAUUCUGAAAUAGCAGAAUUGGAAGCCUGUGAAUUCGAGCCUAAAUCAGCUAUGAGAACUCCUGUGAUAGAGAAUAAUUUGCAGUCUCCAACCAAACCGGAUCAUCUCACCCCUACCCCACAAGCUCCGAGCAUUGCUUUUCCACUUGCCAACCCUCCAGUGGCACCACAACCUAGAGAAAAGCCUGUGCAACCAUUUUCAAAGGAGGAAACUUUAAAGGAGCGUCGAUUCCAGCUAUCUUCAUUAGACCCUCAAGAACGAAUUGAUUACUCACAGCUUAUUGAGGAACUAGGGGGAGUGGUGAUAGAAAAGCAAUGUUUUGAUCCAAGCUGCACACACAUCGUUGUGGGUCAUCCUCUUCGUAAUGAAAAAUAUUUGGCCUCAAUGGCUGCAGGAAAGUGGGUACUGCACAGGUCAUAUCUGGAAGCCUGCAGAGCUGCAAAACGAUUCAUACAGGAGGAGGACUAUGAAUGGGGAAGCAUAUCCAUACUGAGUGCUGUGACCAACAUAAAUCCACAGCAAAGGAUGCUGGCAGAGGCUGCAAUGAGAUGGAGGAAGAAGCUGCAAGGAAUAAAGCAAAAUAUGGGUAUCGCCGAGGGUGCAUUCAGUGGCUGGAAAGUAAUUUUAAAUGUCGACCAAACAAAGGAACCUGGUUUCAAACGUCUGCUCCAGUCAGGAGGUGCAAAGGUAUUUGCUGGCCAUUCUUCUCCUCUGUUUAAAGAAGCAAGCCACCUCUUUGCUGACUUCAGCAAACUGAAACCCGAUGAGCCCAGAGUAAAUGUGGCAGAGGCUGCAGCACAAGGAGUAAACUGCCUGAAACCAGAGUAUAUUGCCGACUACCUCAUGAAGGAGCUACCUCCGCCCAUGAACAAUUACUGCCUCCCAGAUGCAAUUCCAUAUGUCCGGGUUACAGGGACUGGGCUUUCGCGCAAAAGGAAAACCUCUGGAGACGUCUCUGAUGUUAAGAGAUCACGGCAUUACUGAGAGAGUGAGAUUGAAGAGCUAGAGAAAAAGGCAGCAGCUUGGUAAUGCCAACUAUGUAGCACUACUCUUUGUGACAAAAUGUUAUGUACUCUGUCAUGUCUGUUAAUUUAUAUGGAAAUCGGUUUUUUCAUGUCAAAUACUAUGUAGAUAUGUACACAAAUAACAUUCCCUGUAUUUUAUAUACUUCUAUGUGUCCGUGCCCCAAUAUAUGUGAAAUACGUUUCAUACCCUCCCUGUUCAUUGGGUGCAGUUACCGCCCAGUUAUUUGUACACUUGUAUAAUAGGCAACCUUUUUUACUCAUACUAUUGUCAUUCCCUUAUUGCUCCUGUCCAACUAACAGUGGAUAGGCAAUAUUGAAUGAAAUGUUAUUUUCUUUUUUCUUUUAAUAGUACUGUUUUUGAGUAUAUGUUAAAAUAUAAUAAAUCUAAACAC